UUUUUGACUUUCACCUUACGUUUGGAAAAAAGGAUAUCAUCUGUGCCUGAUUUGUGAUUCCAUCGAUACGUCGAUUAUUUAUUACCAGUGCCAAUAUUGGCUGAUUUAUUGUUUUAUUUUUUUUUGCUGUGUAAAAAAUAUACAGAGCCUUCGGGCUUGACUAUGAGUGCGUUAGCAGAUUUUGCACAUAAAUUUGGCUCACAACCUCGGGAAUUAAAGAUUGGACAAUCGUUUUUUACCGACGAUGCUAAUACAGUGUUUCAUACAAUCAGAUAUGACUUUGUUCCAGCAUCGAUCGAUCCGAAUCAAGAAUCGUCAAUGGAUUUUGGCGAAAAUGGAAAGGUGACAAUUACGAUGCCAAAUGUGGAAGGAUCUGGUACGAAUGAAUCUGUUUAUCAAGGCCAAAGAAAACCUCAUCAAAAAGAAUGUGUACUUAUUAUAAAUAAUGAAACUGGUGAUAUAACGCUGGAAAGACUUAACCAAAGUAUGAUUGUAAAAAAGGCAAGAUUACGACAAGAAGAUAGGAAUGGAAAAACAUCUUCAUCAUCAUUGGUUUUGAAUAGUAAACAAACGACUGGAAUGGCAAACAAUAAUUUUAAUCAUUUAAAUGGCAAUUCAUCAUCAUCUUCAUCAAACAUUACUCAGGUCAAUAGCAACAAAAUUAACAAUACGGAUAAAAAAAUGAUGCACAAAAAUUCUUUGUUGACCAACAAUGGUGGACAACAACAGCAGCAGCAAAAUUUAGCCAAAAAAACAUCGCCAUCAUUAUCGAAUGGAACUACCAAUACUUACAAUUCUACUACUACUAGUUCAUCCAUAAGGUCAAAUGAAUUAUCAGCCAAUAAUAAUAAAAUGAAUAAUAGCACAAUCAGUCCGCCAUCAAUGCCGGUAUUCAAUACUACAAAUAAUAAUCAUACGAAAUCGGUUAAUAACAAGAAUUCUCAUCAUCAUCAUCACCAAAAUAAUGAUAUUAAUAAUCAGGAAUGGAAAAUUAAAAUGCCUGAUCCACCGGAUAUCAUUAAAUCAAAAUCAAAUUAUUCUACCAACAACAACAACAGUAGUAGUAAUAAUAAAAAGACAAUGAAUAACAAUAAUUGUCUUUCCGAAUUAUCUUCCAGUGAUUCAAGCGAUUCGGAUGAUGGUGAUAGUUCAAGUGAUCAUUUUAGUGAUAAUGAUGAUGAUGAUGGUAUAAUAAAUAAAAAGGUGAAUAAAUUAUCAUCAACAAAAUCAUCUGGUCUUUUAUCGUCAUCAUCAUCAUCUAAUAUCGGCCAACAACAACGUUCCACAACAUCAUCAUCAGCAGUAGCUGCACCUUCCAUGCCAUCAUUUGUUGCUGCAUUGUCUACACCAAUAUUUAAUGAUUGUUCCAUAGAUCAUGACAAGAAAAAUAUAACAGCUGCAAGCGGUAGUAAGGCAUUAACACUUUCUGAAGAUUCCGAUUCAUCAUCAUCCGAUGAUGACGAUGGUAAAAAUAAAAAGUCAUUCAAAAAAAUGUCAUCAAUGAAAAGGACGACGGCAGCAGCAACAACGGCUGCUGUUGUAUUGUCAUCAAACAAUGAUCAUUCAAUAGUCGAUAAUUCAAAAGCCAAUAAUAAUAAUAAUUCAAUAGUUUUUAAUUCAAUGCCUAAAUUGAGCCAAUUAAGUCAAGAUUUGCAACUUAGUGAAAGUGAUAGUGAUGACUGAACGAUUUGAAGUUGGAAAAACAAACAACAGCAGCAACAAAGAGAGGAAGA